AUUGAGUGGUUGAUGUUUGCAAGCAGUUACGGAUCGGUUAGUUUAUUUCUGCUCUAAACAUUAGGAAAGUCUAAAAUCGUGCAAACCUAAAGUAAAACUAGUGAGAUUUCUGCUAUAGUGUCGAAGAAAAAUGUGUUGUGGAAAUGUGUGCUCAAGAAUCAUAAGAAGUUGAUCCUUGCAACAUAUUGUGGAAACAGAAGAUAAUUAUUCUGGCACAUAAUGUCAGCUGUGGCAUAUGCUACCAGAAGUAAGACUGCGAUGGCCAAAGCAAAUUCAUCAAAGACCAAAAAUAAGACCCCCACAAUGUUCGGGGAGAAGAAUAAAAGAGAAAGUGAGUUAUAUGAUGUUACUAGCUGCAUGGGUGAAUACAUCACUACAGCGUAUGGACUCUUACGCCUUGUUUUUAAUUAUUUGCCAAUGAAGGAUCUUAGAACAGCAGCACACGUUUGCCGGGCGUGGAAGGAAGCUGCAGAACAUGAGAAAUUAAAACGUGAAAAUAUUGACUGGUCAUUUUGGAGGAAGACUACAUCUAGCACUUUACUUAAUCUGGUCAAUGUUGCAUUCCGAAGGGAAACGUUCUGUGCAUCACAGGUGUGCCUGUCAUUUAUGUGUGGACGUGGUGUGGAACCCCAUAUUGAAUGUGGAAAAGGCAUUGCUAGUUGCCCUUAUUCUACAAAAAGAGUAGCAUGUGGUAACACUCAUUGUGUAUGUCAGUAUGUACAAAAAAUGGUACAUCCAGAAUCAUGUAGCAUAUUGCUGGAGGCAGAUGGUAUUGUUGGGACAUCUACUAACAUGGAUCGUACAGAGGAAGUUGAAGGCUUGCAAGGAUGUGUGUCAACACUCCUUUUACCAAAAAUGACAGAUGUUAAUAUCACUACAUUUUAUGUUGAUGAGACUGAACUCGAUAAAUUCAAAAGGCGUGAAUUUGGAAACAAAGAAAUGUGCUCAUUGCUGGGUAUGAACACUGAAGUAACACCUCUACGCUGUGUGCUGCUAUUUUGCAGUAGCGAAUACCAUGGUGAUGUGACAGAAUUUCUGGAAUGUCUUGUUCAAGUGCAACCAGAACAAUUUGUAAUUGGAGGUGGAUUUUUUAAUCAGUUCCAUUUUGUAACAAAUGAUGAGAAGAAGUGUUCAAAGGCAGGAGCAAUUGUUGGCAUAGCAUUUUCAGGGAAUAAUGUGCAUUGUACUUCCACCCUACUGGAUACAGAUAUAAGGUGCAAAGCUGAAGUUGCAAGUCUUAUGGAUGAAUUCCACGGUUGCAAUUUGCCUGAGAGAAAUAGUGUGGCUUUCAUGUUUGCUUGCUGUGGUCGUGGCAAGUUCCAUUACAGAUGCAAAAACAUGGAAUCGUCUGUAUUCCGAACAUAUUUCCCCAACACGCCUCUCUUGGGUGCAUUCGUACAAGGAGAAAUUGGUAGAAAAUUCUUUUAUGGUAAGACACAAGAGUCUGGAAUUGAAGCACCAAAACGCAAACGUAUUUCAGUAGUGGAUGAUCUUCUACACAGCUACACUUCAGUUUUUGUGCAUUUGUCAUUUGGACCCAACAGUGUUCAGAAAAAAAAGUGAGAUUUAGUUUUAUUUUCUUUUUUUGUGUGUUUUGCUUAAUUUUCACAAGCAGUUUAUCUCAUUCCAUUCUCAAUAGACAGUGCUGAAUAAUCAAUAAGAAGCUGAUAAUGAAUUAUGUUGAAAAUAAAUGUGCAUAUUUCAUUGUCUGUGAAUACUGUGAUUGUUCUGUAAAAUAAAAUUUUGAAUAAAGCACAAAAAGUGCAUUUCAUAAGAAAAGUAA